UGGGUUUCCUAGAAGCUUUUCCUGGAUUUUCUAUGGCUCCGCCGGAAACUCUGAACCUCAACAACGAGGUUGUGAAGAUGAGGAAAGACGUGAAGAGAAUCCGAGUUUUGGUUAUCCGAAAACUUGUCAGGAGUGUUAGCCGACUGAAGACAAAGAAAGGUACUGAGGAUGCACUGUUAAAAAACCAAAGACGGGCCCAGCGGUUACUUGAAGAAAUCCAUGCCAUGAAGGAAUUGAAACCUGAUGUAGUAACUAAGUCUGCUCUUAGUGAUGACACAAACUUUGAGAAAGUCUGCAAAAAGCCAGAUUCCACUGCAACUGAAAGAGCAAUUGCCAGACUGGCAGUUCACCCUCUGCUGAAGAAAAAAAUAGAUACCCUAAAAGUUUCUUUUUUUAGAAGUUCCAGAGAAUUGGCUCCAAAGAGCAAAACUCCUGGCUUUCAGCAAAGUGAACCUCAGACUAAGAAUCAGUGUAAUACGAGGAAACAAAGAACACUUGAUAAUGCAAGACUGCAGCUGCCGCUUCAUCCGUCAUGGGAAGCAAGCAGGAGGCAAAAAGAACAGCAGUCUAAAAUCCCUGUGUUUCAAGGGAAAAAAAUUACAUUUGAUGAUUGAUGCAUGACACUUUUUGUGAAAUUUUCUAUCCUUAAAAUUUUAUUUAAGCUUCUGAUUGAAUACAUCUCAUUUGUGUGAUGUAUAGAUAUGUUUUUCUCUUUUUUAAAUGUGGUGUUGAAGUUAUGUUCAUGUAAGCUUCACAAAUCAACUAUGUAACUAACGUAUUUUUCAUAAUAGGUCUCAGGCUAUUUCCUCUAUAAAAGAACUUGGGAUUUAUAUCUAUUUUACCAGAUUUUCAUAUUGUACUUAUCAUGAAGAGAGUCACACUGGUUUACCCGUAGGAUUUUUCCCUUGAAAAUAAAUGUUGAGAUAUAUUUCAAUUAGUAGGAGAAAACUAUAAGGAAAAUGUAGCUAUUUAACCUACUGAGAUAACCUUUGUUAAGUUGUUCUUGUUAGCAAAAUUAGAUUAAUAACUCUAAUUGUGGCUAUAGAUUUGUAUAACUAGUUAAUCAAAUAAAUAUAAAUUUUUUAAACUUUAAA